AUGACUAUAUCAAUAAUUUUCACCGAAAAGGAAAUAAGACUUUGGCACAAAGGUUUCCUGAAGGAUUGCCCUAAUGGCUUGCUCACUGAACAGGGCUUCAUUAAGAUCUAUAAGCAAUUCUUUCCUCAAGGUGACCCCAGUAAAUUUGCUUCACUCGUCUUUCGGGUGUUCGAUGAAAACAAUGAUGGAUCUAUUGAAUUUGAAGAAUUCAUACGAGCACUUUCGGUGACGUCACGAGGCAACUUGGAUGAAAAGCUGCACUGGGCAUUCCGCCUCUACGACGUGGACAACGAUGGAUACAUCACUCGCGACGAAAUGUAUAACAUAGUCGAUGCGAUCUAUCAGAUGGUUGGUCAAACACCGCAGCCUGAAGAUGAGAACACGCCGCAGAAACGCGUCGACAAGAUCUUCGAUCAAAUGGAUAAGAACCACGACGAUCGUCUCACCCUCGAAGAGUUCCGCGAGGGCAGCAAGGCCGACCCGCGCAUUGUUCAGGCACUCUCCCUUGGAGGCGAU